GCGCACCUUUCGCACCAUCCCGUACGCCAGAGAAUAUAAAGAGCAAACCCAACUGUAUUCGAAUGUGUUGCUUUUGAUAGUUUAGGUAUCAGUGACAAAAUUUCUCAUUGACAAAACAUCGUUUCUCAUAGAGGAAGACCGUCAAGUCAUUCAACUAAAGAUAUGAAUUGCGUUUCGAUCCUGGUCAUUUUUGGAUUGGUUCUCUUGGCUGAUGCCAUUCUAGCAAGUCCAUAUACACCGACCGAUGAUGAAGCGGUAGAAGAUUACAGCGAUCGAUUGGAAAAUUUGAUUUUGAAUGCAGAAAAACGAAAUUGUAUUCGAAGAGGCAAAUCGUGCGAUAACAAACCCAACGGAUGCUGCGAAAACUCAUCGUGUCGUUGCAAUUUGUGGGGUACCAAUUGCCGUUGCCAAAGAGCAGGCCUCUUCCAACGAUGGGGUAAAUAAGCCAGCGUACUUUUGUGUCUGUCAACCAGUAUACAAGAUACAUGUCUAUCCAUAAAGCAUUUUAGAAGAUCGUUUAAUAUCGGAUAUAUAUAUAAUAUAUAUAUAUACAUAUGUAUAUGUAAUUAUUGUUAAAAAUUGUUCCGAAAAUGUUACUCAUGUUUAAAAACGUUAAAAAAUCAAAAACAUUUACUUUUCCUUUAAAAUAUUUUCCUAAACAAUAUUGUACAACGAUGUAGAAUUAGAUAUUCCACAUGUUAAUAAACAAAAUGUAAUAAAAUAGUAUUAUUUUUUCCUCAUAUUUUAAGUAGUAAAGCAAUUAUUUUCUGUAAAAUCUCUAUAAUUUUAAUAUAAAAAUAAUAGAAGAUAUAAUAAAUCAAUUUUGUUCAAUUAAUUGUUUAAAUUAAACAAUAAAGUUCACAUUUAAAAUGG